GCUUCCCAGGGGGGGCCAGCGGGAAUGCGCAGGCGCAGUAGCGGCGUCGCCUUUCCGGCUGCUCGCUUGUUGUUGUUUUGACAGAGGCGGCGGCGGCAGGAGCAGCCUGGCCCGAGCCCCGUCUCCCCCAGCUCGCCCUCAGGUGGCCAGGAGCGGACGGGCACGCUCAGCAUCUUUCAAAAUGUCUGAAAAUUCCAGUGACAGUGAUUCAUCUUGCGGCUGGACAGUCAUCAAUCACGAGGGCUCCGAUGUUGAGGCAGUGGCAUCUGAAUAUGAAGCUGGAAGUGGUCAUGUGGAGCCAGCCUCGGACGAAUCUCCAUCUCUUGCACAAGGUGACAAGCAGCAAGAGCAGCCAGUGGAUUUGCAAGCUGAAUUUGGCCAGGGUGAUGUGUCAUCAAUGGUAGAUCAAAGACAUUCUUCUUCAGAGACCACCAAGCAAAUUCAAGAGGAUGAGAAAGAGAAAUUGCCAGAUGAAAGUUCCUGUGUGGGGGCUGUUAGUGACGAUUCUGACAUUGUGACACUGGAGACUCCCAAAGUGGAAGAAAUCGGAAGCCAGGAAGAAGCUGUGCCUGUAGAGGAAAUUCCUGUCCCUGAAGAUUUUAACAUGGGCUCCUCUUCUAGUAGCCAGUAUACAUUUUGCCAGCCAGAAACAGCCAAUUGGCUGGAGAAACUCCGGAAGAUCCCAGCGUGUGUCAGUGGAUGGGCCUUUCUGCCUCAUCCCAGUGGUGAAGAAUCAAGCAGCGAUGAAACCAGCAACCGCUCCAGCCCCACCCUCAGGCGACGGCGUGCAAAGAAGAAGCUCAUCUCGAGUUCUGAAUCGGAGGAUGUGCCGCCUCUUGAACAGGAGACGGAACAUGUCAAGGACCAUUCACACAAACAUCAGUUCAGUAGCGGCCUUAAUAGAUGCAUUAUCCUCGCCUUGGUGAUUGCCGUCAGCAUGGGCUUUGGGCAUUUUUAUGAUAAAAGAGAAAAUUUUCUGUUUCAAGGUACUGUUCAGAGCCAAAAACGCCAGCAAUUGGUUGAGAAAACUCAUGAAGAUGAACUGAAUGAUAUAAAGGAUAAUCUUAUUCAGUGCCAAGAAGAACAAGGCAUUAAAGCAGAAUGUAAGUCUCUAAAGGAAGGCCUUGCAACAUGCUUGCUUACAACAGAAGUGGAGAAAAAAUCCUUUGCAUCUCAGAAGCAUCAUCUUGCUUCAGAAAACCAGCACCUGAGGGAAUCUUUAGAGAGGGAAGAGAAAGUUUUGGCUUUGCUGCAGGAAGAGCUGAGGAAGCUGCGGGAACAAAUAAGGCACCUGGAGCGCAAAGGCCCAGGCGAGUCAGUGGCCACUGAGAAUCAGCAGCUGAGAGCCCAUCUGGAGGAGGAAAGACACAAGACGCAAAGUUUUGUGAAGCAGAAAGAGACCUUGCUGGCCGAGGCACAAAUGCUGCGAAGAGAACUGGAAAAAGAGCGCCAGCUGACGGUGGCCCUCCGGGAAGAUCUGGAAAAGCGAAGUUCUCAGCAGGCAUCCCCCGGGGCAGCGGCAGGGGAUGGCCUGCAAGAGAACCACGAACUAGACGCUUUGCGGGGAAGGCUGAUUGAUCUGGAAAAGAAGCUUAGCUUUGAGCAGCAGCGUUCUGAUCUGUGGGAAAAGCUGUAUGUUGAAGUCAAGGACCACGCUGGAAAGCAAGAGCAAAUGGGAAAACCAGAGAAGCCAGCUGGGAGAGGAACACACAAAACCAAAAAUAAGCCCAAAGUGACGUUUUUUGGCUCUGUUAAAGAAACAUUUGAUGCCAUGAAAAAUUCAACAAAGGAAUUUGUAAGACACCAUAAAGAGAAAAUUAAACAGGCCAAAGAAGCUGUGAAAGAGAACUUGAGAAAAUUCUCAGAUUCUGUGAAGUCCACUUUCAGGCACUUUAAGGACACCACAAAAAGUAUCUUUGAUGAAAGAGAGAAGAAAAAGUACAAUGACAACAGACAUGAGGCUAACCGAAGAGGAAAGACCAUUUAUCAGGCAGACAGUUCCCGUGAAGGGGCACGCAAGGAGACCCCCCACAAGUCACCUGGCAACCAGAAACAGUUCAGAGACGGAAGAGAAUCCAAAGAAAACCGUCCCCCUCUGCGCUUCUCCAAAGAUCCCACCUUCCAGGAAUGCCCCAAAAGGAACAGGAAACAUUGUACGGUCCUAAAGGGCUGCACUGGCAUUUUUGACUGUGCCCAUCAGGAGUUUGUUGGCCUCUUUGAUCAAGUGCUGGACCCUAUUCGGGCAGAUGAAUUUAAUCAAUUAAUGCACAAAUAUUUGCAGCAAGAAGUGAAGAACUUCCACCAUUGGAGAGAACUGGAGAUUUUUGUUAAUAAAUUUUUCCGUAACGGUGUCUUCAUACAUGAUCAGAUGCUAUUCACGGAUUUCGUUAAUGACAUUAAGGAUUACCUUGAAGACAUAAAAGAGUACCAGAGGGACAGUGAUGGAGUAUUUGAAGACCUGGAUAAAUAUAUCUACCGAUACUACUUUCAUUAUGAUCACUUGCCUCAGCACGGACCAAGCUAUCCGGCUAAGCGGGCCUUCACCCAAACUCAAAGUCCACAGCAGGAACGGCAUGCCCCAAAGCCCCAGCAUCGCUCCAAGAGAGAAGGCAGAUGGCACAAACAAGGGCGCAGGAAUGGAAGACACAUGGCAAACUUGGAGAUAGAGUUGGGUCAGCUGCCCUUUGGUCCAAAGUAUUAAAUAGUUGUCAGAGGGAGCCCAGCAGGAUGACUGACCAUCUUUGGAGCUGAUUGUAGCUUUCAACAGAGCAAUCAAGAGCACGUUUUCCCCUUCCCAGAGACCACCCCCAUCUCCCAGAUCAAUCCAGCUUCUCAGUUUGCACCUUGCCUUUCAGUCUUCUUGGGAAACAUUAAUUUGGGUGCAGUCCUACUAUUGCAAUAAAAAAGCAGGGUAAGCAGUAGCUUGUGUGUGUUUGCAAAAUAAGCUUCUUUGCACUUGUUGGUACUUAGAAUUCAAACUUGAUUCAGACACAAUGUAAGAGUAAUAUUAUGAUGCACUAAUUUCAUCUCAUGCUCUUCAAAAGCAUGUCUGCUUGUUCUUGUGGUGUAAUGGUUGGUGUGCUUUGGAACCUGUUGACUUCAUGUGUGAUGUUUUCCUAUCAGCUUUCUGACUUGCAUUUGAAAUUUCUUGAACAGCAGUAAAUUGUAGAAGAAAAAUAAAGACUUGGUUGGAAAAAUUA